UUAAAUUACUUCAUUCUUUAGUAUCAGAAAUUUCCUGACCAUUUUCAGUUCGUUUUAGUGUACGUUGCUUACUAGUUCUAGUUAAAAAAGACCCAAAUUCAUAAAUUAUAGUACUUUGUAUUUCUUUAUUGUUUUGAUAAGAUUACUAACAUAUAAAAUGCCGGUUAGAACGUUCAAAAUUUCUUUGAGAAGAAGUUACAAGUUUGAUGGAAUGACAGUACUAUAUGACAAAUGUCGUAACGGAAACAAUGCCAAUAGUAAGAAAGAAAACUCGAAUAAGUCACUAGUACAGUUAAAUACGGAAAAAGAAAUAUGUAUGGAAUAUUUCGAAAGUUGGAGCGAGAACGCGCAAAUAGAAUUUGUCCAAGAACUCCUUUCGCGGAUGUGCCACUACCAGCAUGGACAUAUAAACACAUACCUCAAGCCGAUGCUUCAGAGAGACUUUAUUUCAUUACUUCCAAAAAAAGGUCUUGACCACGUAGCUGAGAACAUUUUAUCCUAUUUAUACGCUGAUUCAUUGUGUUCAGCCGAGCUAGUCUGUAAAGAAUGGUAUCGAGUCAUAUCAGAGGGAAUGCUUUGGAAGAAGCUCAUUGAACGGAAAGUCAGGACAGACUCACUAUGGAGAGGACUCGCUGAGAGAAGGACAUGGAUUCAAUAUUUAUUUAAACCGAAACCUGGCAAAACUCAUCCUAAUCAUAGAUUUUAUAGAUCAUUAUUUCCAAAAAUUAUCCAGGACAUCGAUAGUAUAGAGUAUAACUGGCGGACGGGUCGUCAUAAUUUACAGCGAAUCAACUGUCGAUCGGAAAAUUCCAAAGGUGUUUACUGCCUUCAAUAUGAUGACCAUAAGAUAGUUUCAGGUCUUAGAGACAAUACUAUAAAAAUUUGGGAUCGAUACUCGUUACAGUGCGUCAAAGUUUUGACUGGCCACACUGGCUCUGUACUGUGCCUACAAUAUGAUGACAAGGUUAUAAUCAGUGGAUCUAGUGAUAGUACGGUGAGAGUAUGGGAUGUUGUCACUGGCGAAAUGGUGAACACAUUGAUCCAUCAUUGUGAGGCUGUAUUGCAUUUACGUUUUUCAAAUGGAAUGAUGGUUACAUGUUCUAAAGACAGGUCAAUAGCUGUUUGGGACAUGUAUUCCUCGACUGAAAUAACGUUGAGGAGAGUGCUGGUUGGUCACAGAGCCGCAGUAAAUGUCGUAGAUUUCGAUGAGAAAUAUAUCGUAUCUGCAAGUGGGGACAGGACGAUUAAAGUGUGGAAUACGGCCUCAUGUGAAUUUGUCCGAACGCUAAACGGCCAUAAAAGAGGAAUCGCUUGCCUCCAAUACAGGGACCGUCUUGUCGUGAGCGGUAGCUCAGACAACUCUAUCAGAUUGUGGGAUAUCGAAUGUGGCGCUUGCUUGCGAGUCCUUGAAGGCCAUGAAGAACUAGUCAGAUGUAUAAGGUUUGACAGCAAACGGAUAGUUUCGGGUGCAUACGAUGGGAAAAUAAAAGUUUGGAAUUUAGUGGCAGCACUUGAUCCGAGAGCACCAGCAAGCUCGCUUUGUUUGCGAACCCUUGUGGAACAUACGGGAAGAGUGUUUAGACUGCAAUUUGACGAAUUUCAAAUUGUCUCAUCUUCGCAUGAUGACACGAUAUUGAUUUGGGACUUCCUUAACUACGCUCCCCCAGAUGGAACAACCCACCAUCUCAUGAUGACUGGCUAUGAGUGAUAUGGUGCUGCAGAAUUGAAAUUUCUUCUUCUAACGGCCGCCGAGUGAGCUUUGUCCAACCUCCAUGAAUCUCUUAAACGUUUGGCUUUAGAUCGUACAUGUCUAAUGCAUCAGUGGUAAAUAAGCAUUAAUAUUUAGCUUGUUUAUAAAAAAUUACAAAAUGUAAAUUCAUUUAUUAUUCCGUCUCGACACAGUGCGUUUAAAAACUUCUCUAGAAAAUCUGUGCGAUGUAAUUAAAAAAAAAAAAAAAAGAGAAAAUUCGCAGUUAGAUAGAUAGAGUGGUUUCCAUCCCACCAAAGCUAUUUACAUUUUAUAAGUUUCUAAGUAGUUUGACAGUUUGUACAGCCGAAGAAAAUUUGUUGUAAGCAUAUCUAUUUUCUUUUUCAUUAUUUAUUUUUAUUAUUUUUUAUUGUUAUUAUAUUUUUUUUUAAAUAAUUGCAAAGCCAUAGGCAUGGUUUGUAGAUGAGUUUUGUGAUAUAUUUGAUUUUAGAAUAAUUAUUUAAUUUUUUUACAGCCCAAAUAUGUUUGUUUUGCUAUUGUGUAAUUGCUUACAAUUUUUUUCUUAACUUUCAAAUAUUUACGCUGAAAUAAAAAAUAAUACAAGUUAUUCUUAUAUGGGGGGGAGGGGAGAAAAAAAAAUUAAAUUCUUAGAUUUUUAAAAAAAUUGUAUGAUUUUCAUGUGGCAGUUUGUUAUAUAAUGAAUUGGAUAUUAUUAUCAUUACUAUGAAAUGAGAAAACAUUAAAAAUUAAAAAAAAAUUGUAAAUAUUCCUGAUUGUUUAUUAUGUAUGAUAUAGCUCUUAUGUGUGUGCACUUGUAAAUAAUUGUGGUACUGUUUUCUUUUGUGUAAAUUAUGAAAACCUUUCUUUUCUGAACCUUUCAUCACUGAAAGUUUAAACUUGAACAAACAGAAAAUAAUAAAUGUUACAUUUUGAUCAGAUCAGAGAAAAAGUUGUAUUGCGAAUAUUUUGGCCUUUUUUUCCCAUUUUUCACAAUGUACGUACUGUUAAUAACUUGCAAUAUUAAUACGAUAAAUUUAAUCCUCUUAACUUGAAACGGCUUUUUCUAUUUAUUUUGUCUAGUAAAUAUAUCAAACAAAAUAGUGUGUGUGUGUAUAUGUAUAUAAUUAUUUAGUGUCGAGCAGUUGAAGAAAAGUCUUAAUGAUGUAAAAUGCAAAAUUUCAAAAUUAAGUCUAAUUGAAAUAAAAAUGCAAGAAAAGGAAAAUAAUUUUCAGAGUAUAAUUAAAACAAAAUUACAAGUUAGAGCAUUCUUUGUCUAAUGUUGAUAAACGUUAUACAAUUCAACGCUUAUAGUUUACAUUGUAGGAAAGAAGUGAAGCUUAAUGUUAUCGAUACCCAUACCUCUACUAGGACAGAUGCACAUGAUAAAUUGUGGAUUCAUACCGUUAUGACUCUAGUUUGAGUAAAAUGUUUUGCUAGACAGUCAGGUGAGAACGAGCACUAUCACAUUGACACUCACCCUAGAUUUAAUAACUAACGAUGAGACAUUAAGCACAAAUUUUUUUUUUGCAAAUUCCCCGUUUUGACUUCGCCAAAAGGGAUGUAAAACUGUGUAUUAAGUCCAGUUGUUUUAUUUAUAUACUUAUAGACAAUUAUUUCUAUUAUUUAUAGGUUAAAAAUAAAAUAAUGGCAAUUUAAAAAAAAAAGUUGGAGUUGCUUCAAGGUGUCGGUUUUUUUCUUGUGCAGUCGUGGUCCAAAUUGAUCGUUACAUUUGCAAAUUAUAUCGUGUAAAUUUCAAUCCUUUUGCUAUUAUUGUUCUCAUGGUAUAUAAGGUAUACUAGAUGCAAAUAUUUAGCAAGAAUGGAUUGGAAAGUGGUCAAAAUCGUUGGAGUAGAAGAAAAUCUAUUUUGAAAACUCAUGCCGACUAUUCACUUUACUCUUGCUAAGAUCUGCAUUUGCAUUCAAUAAAUUGGAACGAGUUUGUUGUUUAAACACAGAAUUAUAAUUAGAAUUGAAGGUUUUAUUUUUGUGUUUUAAAAUAACUGACAUUGUUAUAAGUGUUGCAAGUUGUCCAACGUGUCUUUAUUAUUAUUAUUUAAGUUCAAUUUCUUAGCAUUAUAAUAAUUAUUUAUGUACAUUUUUUAUUGAAAAUAUGUCACAUCUUGUAUUAAAAACAAGUUUUGUUGACAUAAGUUUUAAGAAAUUACAACACUCUGAAAAUUAUUUAUAUUUAUUAGAACACAAACUUUCAAAUAGACUUAAACUAAUAACUUUCUUAGAUACCAGUCUAUUUAAAUAUAAGACAAUGUUAAAAGUUAGCAGUUGUUUUUUUCAACGAUUGCAACUAUUUUAUUUUUUAAGGUUUCAGUGAUUUGAUUCAUAAUGUAUAUAAUUGAAACCAUCAUUUUAUUGAAUAAAGACAUUUUUUAUUAUGUUUUUGAAAUUAGAUUUUUUAAAGUAUAUUAUAAUUUCUAGAUAAUUAAUUGGAUAAUUAUAAACAACAGUACAUUAGAAUUUCCCUGUGCCUUUUUCCUGUUAAUUACAUUUUUUUUUAACUUUAAUUGGAAAUGUAUUUUUUAUUUAUUUCACAUAAUGCAUUGAUACAAAAUUUCUUUAAAAUGGUGAAGGGUUUGUUUUAUUUAAUCAUUAAAAAAGUAUAUCACAAGUAAUCAGGAACGUAUUAGAUCACAAUUCGAAUUAGGAAUUAAAUAAGCCCUGUGAUAAUCAUUACAAAUGUAUAAAUGUAAUACAAAUAGUUUUCUUUCCCGUUUUAAUUCAUAAAACUAUAAUUAAUUAUUGAAUUAAGUAAAGCACAUUUUGCUGUUUUGUGACAUGUUCUGAGAAUUUCAUUGCAUCGUAUUUAAACGUCUAAUUCAAUUAUUAAGAAACAUAAUAAAAAAAUGACGAGGUGUAAUUUUGUUAUAUAUUUUACUUUUUGUCUAUCCACUUUCUCUACGAUAAUUUGUCAAUAUUAAGUGAUUUACAAAUGGUAUAAAGCGAUUUUGAUCUCAAAUUAGGGUGCAUUAUUUAAGAAAAUAAAUAAAUUUAUAUAUAUAUGUAUGUUGUAUAUAACUACUUUAUUACAUUAUAAUUUUUCUCUUUUGAUUGUAUAAAAUAAAUUUUGAUACAGAGGCGUGAGUGCUUUUCUCACUCGUUUAUUUAGAUGUGUAAGUUAUCGACUGCUUUGUAACGAUGUUAAGAAUAAAUGGAUGUGAAAUUAAUGUGAGAAAUUGUUUCAAAUGGCAGCUGAGGGGAAUAAGGGUACAAGUUUUUAAUCUGUACUUUUAAUACUUCUAAAAAUAGCAAAUGCUUGGUUAAUAAACAUUUUUAUAAUCUCGAUAAAA